AUGUCUCCCAGAUACGCUAAUGACUACACAGAAACGCACAAUGCUAUGGUGCAUCCUUUCGCAUCUUCCAGCAGAGGCGCCGUUUUGGAUAUAGCUGUUCCUGAUGAGCAGCGCAUAUACGGCCGUGGAGAACCCGCACCACUGGAAUCAAGAUCGGUUGUCUACGGUGUACAAAAUUUUCGAAGAUCACUGAAUACUCUCAGAGCUCAAAAAUCAAAGAGACGAAUGGAGACAAAAGAUAGCGCAAAAGAAUUAAGUAUAAGCGACAGUGAAGCGUCCAACCUCGCAUCUGCUUCCUCAUUAGGAUAUCGUCCACCACCGCCAACAGUACGUCGUGAAAUAGAUAUUUUACCUCGCUGCUCCUAUGAUGCCGACAAAUGGGCACUUCAUAUGGAGUCCACGCUCACUUACGCCGUCAUGUUUGACAGAAGAACUGGCGGAUCCUGCCGCGAGUGCUUGGACAGAUGCACUGAAAAACAGGGAGGAGUAUGGACAUGCCGAUCGGUCGUCUAUGAUAGCAACUGGCACAUCUGCGAUUUGUUCGCUGUUGUCGCUAGCGCAGCUCCGUUCACUUUGGUCGAUUAUAAAGGAAGAGAUUAUUUUGAAUAUCUCGCAGCACUUCCUCCAUCCGAUGAUGAGCUUUCACGGAUGAACGACUUUGCUCGACAGCAGCAAAUCGCCAUCGAAAAGAGAUACAUCGAAAAAUGCUCAAAUGAUCCUCCCAAGGCAUCUGAUGUGAAAACGGAGCAGGUGGAAAAAAUUUACAACGCGAUACCGAUAGAAGCACAGCUGGAAGCAGAGAAACGAGAACUUGAGAAGAAAGAGAAAGAACAAAAGCGAAAGGAACGCAAAUUGCAGAAAAUCAACAAAGAAAAGAUGCUCAUGACUGUUUCGCCUCCAGUCAUAAAAUCAGAGGUUGUUUUGCCAGUUCCGGACUUAGAGGAAAUAGCCAUGGAUUUGGAAACAUUAACAACAGUGACAGAGACAGAAGAAACCACACCGGCUACUACAGAAGAUCCUUGCAGAGAAAAGACGAUGGAAACGGAUAUUUCCACUGAACCGACCACGGCGCCCACUACAACUCAAUCUCCUGCAUCAACAAAAACCAUUAGAAGAAAACCUGCUGGAAAGACAAGGACUAAGAAAAUGCAAAAUAAGGAGAAGAAAUUAAAAGAGAGCCAAGUGCGACUUGAAUUGAAUGAAGAGUACAAGGCAGCAACCCUUUACCCGGGCCAGAGCCAAAGGCGUAGACCUCAGAAAAUUAUCAGAAGGAGACCCGCUAGAGUGUUUAGAACAAAUCAGACCCUGGCCACAACUACAGAAGUAAUCCAAGAUCUGACCUCAGAGCUCGCUAGGAGGAAGAUCCAACUUUAUCAGAUGAGGAAAGCAGCGGAAGCUAAAGCUAAAGCUCCUGAGGUCAAGAUGCGAAGAGUUCGUCUUGAAGGUCAACGACUUUACGGUGAUGUAAGCGGAGAAGAUUUUGAUGAUCCUUGGAGCAAGGAGCAAGCAGCUGAUGAGGAGGAGAUAACAGUAAAUGAAGGCGAUGUUACCAAAUCUAAGACUGGCAAGCACAGACAGAAGAAAGUGGAUGAGAGAAAACCAAUGAAAAAAGGACUUUCCCUAAGGAAGCUUCGCAAAUCCGGGCAUACAACAAUCGUGACAAACGCUCCCUCAUUGACUUUAGAAGGCACAACAUCGACUGUUGGCCUUUCACCUGCAGCUCUGAGAGCCGCGUUAUCGAAGGAGAUAAGAAAUUUCGUAUCGAAAGAGUUGAAACAUAAAUACUGGAGGAUGCAUGGUACAGCACUUCUCAAAGGUAAAGAAGAAGUGGACGCACCGUCAGGACUUGAGCCGAUGGUCAAGAAGUCGAAGUCAGCAAAGAAGAAAAAGGAGAAUCUUACGUCGAGCGUCUGCAAUGACAAGGAGAAAGUCGUUAUGAUGUUGUUUGUGAAUUCGACACGAAAGGCUUACACACCUGCUGUUGAUAUUGUAAAAGCACAGAAUCAGGAGGAUUGCCUGGAAUUCUGCGAAAGAAGCUUGGAUUGUUCUUCGGCCGUUUACUCCUCUCAUCUGUGCGAGAUGUCCGCAACACGAGCUCGACACACUGUUCCCGACAUAAGGCCGUCAGCAGAAGACACUUAUAUCGAAAAAGCCUGCGUCGCAAGCUCCGUAAUAAGAGGAAGAGCAACACAUAUAAUUGGUGCAGUGAACCACAUUUUGGCAGGAUUUGUGGAACAAGUUGAGGACGCCUACAGCGUUGAAGACUGCAUCACAGCCUGCUAUGACGCACUAAAGCAGCAUGGUUUUCAUUGCAUGUCAGCAAUGUGGUAUCCAUUGGACAAAGAGCAGAAUUGUCUUCUGAAUGGCGAAUCUCGGAAAACGCACCCAGCCUUGUUUAUUCCCGAAGUAGGUUUUGGCUACCAGUUCCUUGAAACUUACACUAAUCACUGUGAAAUAUUAGGCUGA